AUGCGCAUCGCGUUCACUAUUCCUGCUGUCCUAGCUGCUCUAGCCUAUGCCGCUUCUAAUGGAUCAGACGUUUCGACAUCUGUUGCAAGCACUCAGACCUGCAUCACCAAGUACCGACCAGCGCACAACCAGCCCUCAUCUCUACCUACGCGGACGAAAUGCUCCUCGCAGACCGUCAGCUCGGUCAUUACAACCUGUGGGACGGAAUUGACGGUGACUACAACUAUCACGCCAGAUCCGGUCACUGCUACGGCGAAUGGUUCUUUUAUCUAUGAGCCAACGCUCGUAACGAAGCCUGCGAAGCGCGCAGAUUGCUCGACUACCACCACCCUGAGAGUCGGCAAGACCACAGUCUACACGGGCACGUACAAUGGCACUGCCGCGAAACGUACAGCAAGUCCACUUGAUCGCAGGUACCCGAUCGCGAAGCAACGCCGCAGUGCCUUCAAGGCCAACUUGUUCCACUACGUCGGCCAAAAAGCAGUCAACGCAGGACGAAAGGCUGUUGCAAUCGACUGCUUCGAUGAGGUUACGACCUAUGUGUUGAGCACUUCCACAAUACAAGAGGAGCCAACGACGGUCAUUGUGACAGCCAGUACGCCCACGGUCUAUGUUACACCAGCAAUCAAGGCAGUGUCUGCUCCCACAUCGACGGUUUCGAUCACCACUACCAUCACCGCAGGAGCGGGCAACGCCACCAGCGCUGGAACUUGCACUGUCACGGCAGCAUCAAGUACGACCACCCAACACAUCAAAUGUGCGCCCACCAACUUGGUCGGAGAGGUUAACGGUUACGGAAUUGGCCAGACAGGGUCGCACUCGGGCAGCACAUAUGGACUGGCACCAGGAAGCGACGCCAGUGCAUGCUGCCAGCUUUGUGUGAACGAUGAUGAGUGUGCGGCAUCAGAAGAUGACACCGAUGCGAAGAACUGCUUCUUGUGGUACACCACGCCGUCAUCGUGUGGCAUUGGUUUCCAGUACUCGGAUGGUGGACAAUCUCUAGAACCGGGAUCGGGAUUCCUGGUCCAGACGGGCUGCGGAACGGUUGAAGCGACUGACGAUUUUUGA